AUGUCCGACAGUGAUGGAUUUCCCUGGGAGAUUGGCGUCCAUGAUGCCCAUUGUCAUCCCACAGACACGAUGGCAUCUAUCGCCGGUAUUCCCGAAAUGAAGGCGACCACUUUGACCGUCAUGGCCACGCGCGGGCAAGAUCAAGACCUUGUUCUCCAAGCGGCCCAAUCGAUCAAUUCACAAGCCCCAGAGGGUCCGGAUCGCAUUAUUCCUUGUUUUGGCUGGCAUCCAUGGUUCUCUCACCAGAUCAUAGAUGACACAACGGGUGAAGCAAAGACAGAGGGCCAGAAAGAAGCCCACUACUCCAGCGUUCUGGUGAUACCCGCCGACGACACCGACUUUGCGGAAUUUGUAAAACAUCUACCGGAGCCGAAGCCUCUAUCUAGCCUCAUUGCCGAGACAAGAGAACGGCUCAAGCAGUUCCCAAAGGCUUUAUUAGAUGGCCGCGACGAACAGAUCACGCCUGGGUCCCGGGAGGGUCGAAAGCUCUCACCUUAUAAAGUUAAAAUUGACCAUCAGCGCGCUAUACUCAAAGCCCAGCUGCAGUUGGCAGGUGAAAUGCGACGAGCAGUCUCAGUCCACAGUGUACAGGCUCAUGGCACCGUCUUUGACGCACUAAAAGAGCUAUGGGCCGGACAUGAGCGGGUUGUACUAUCACGACGAGCUCGAGGGAGAAAUCAAGAUGCGGAAGGGGCCAUUUCGGCCGAAAAAGAGGACUCUGAUGGGAAGGGUCAAGCAUCAUCCACAAAGGGCAGCGAAGGUGGUGCGAAUGCCAUUGGCACACGCAGUGCCGAAGCUUGUCAACAGGAACUCUUACCAUUCCCUCCACGGAUAUGCAUGCAUUCCUACUCUGGCCCGCCGGACCAACUCCGGCAGUUCAUGGCGAAAACGAAUCCGUCUGAUGUAUACUUCUCUUUCUCAUCCCUCAUAAACUUCACAGGAGCGCACGCUCGGAAGGUCGGGGAUGUUAUCAAAGCUCUCCCAGAAGACCGCAUCUUGAUCGAGAGUGACCUCCAUACAGCCGGACCUGAAAUGGAUGAUUUGUUGGAGGAUGUAGCGCGCCAAGUCUGCGGGCUGCGAGAAUGGGAGCUGCGGUCAGGAGUCCAAAAGCUUGCAGAUAACUGGAAGCGGUUUGUUUAUGGGUAG